ACUAAUUAAAUUUCACACUUUUUUCUCUCUGUCUUUUCUAUUUCGCUUUCUCUUUCUUACAAAGUCUUAAAAAACUCUCCAAUUGUUGUUGCUUUGUCUGGUUCUUUCUCCAAACCAGAACGCUACCGGCGAGCAUAAUCUCGCCGGCAAAUUGCCCUACGCUGGCCGGAAUCUCUAUUUUCCACCACCGAAUUCCGAUCUCUUAUUCCCUUUUUCUCAAUUUUUUUCGCCAGUGUUUGGGUCCUCAAAAACAAAAAUUAAUAAAUAAUUUUUUGCCUCAUUUUUAUUCUUUUAUUGUUGUUAAAGCAAUGCAUAGAAAAGAGGUGAGAUUGUUUUAAAAAAUAAAUAAUGGGAUCACCUGUUUCUGAAUUCCUUCUUAUGUCUUAGACCUCUUUCAAAGAUUCAAUUUUUCAUCUUUUUUCUUCUUACCCUUUCUCUAUUCCUUUGAGAAUUAAGAGUUUUGAAGUUUUUUCUAUUUGUUGGAGAAAGAUGGUGUUUGAAUUCAGAUUAAGAUGUUGAUGAGUAGAGUCCAAAGAAGCUAGCAGCAAGUGAGGAACUUUUCAGCAAUACAAAAAUUAUUUUUUUUCUUCCAGAUUUUGUGGACUCUGUGCUGCAGGGAUGCCUUUUCAAGUGAUGGAUCAAAGGGGUGUUUCUGACUCCUCCCAUUUUUUUGAUGAUAUUGCCUUUCAUUCUGAGAGCAAUGCUGGAUUAAGAAAGCCAAAAUACUUCCAAGUAUCAAUUUUAUCAGGAAAGAAUGGGAUGAUAGCACCGCCUGGCAGCACUUUGAGUGCUUCAUCACCCUUUGAAGUAAAUGCAAAAUCUGGAUUGCCGAUGUCACAGACUAAUCUAUCUGAGGAAAGUGUAGAAAAGCUACCUUUUGCUGGAGAAGAAGGAAUCACUGGUGUAUUAAAGGGUUCCAUGGAAUCGUUGCAUUAUAAUCCCGAAUCAUGGUCUGAUGUGUUUAUGCAGUCAGCACCUACCUCAUAUCGUCUGAUUGGGAACAAGGUUGUCGCCAACAAUGUUGUCCAGCGUGAAAGUAGUCUAUUCUCAAGCUCACUGUCUGAUAUGUUUAGCAAAAAAUUAAAUUUAUUGGGGAAUGAUGUUCUGUCCGAUCACCACACUACUAUUGAUUCCCUUCUGGUGGAAGAACCAUAUAAAUCUCUCGAAGAUAUGGAGGCUGACUCUAUAAGGAAUCUCCUUCCUGAUGAAGAUGAUCUAUUUUCCGGUGUUGCUGACGAGUUAGGUUACAAUUUUCGUGCUAGAACAAAUGAUGACUUGGAAGAUUUUGAUUUGUUUAGCAGUGGAGGAGGUAUGGAGCUGGAAGGAGACGAACAUUCAAGUUCAAUGAAACGAACAAGUGGUCUGGAUGGAGAUUAUGGUUUGUUUGGAGGUUCUAAAGGAAAGCUUCCUUUUGAUGAACAGCCUUCUAGAACACUUUUUGUUAGAAACAUUAAUAGCAGCGUAGAAGACUUCGAGCUAAAGACUCUAUUUGAGAAAUAUGGAGAUAUCCGAACCAUGUAUACAGCUUGCAAGCAUCGCGGGUUUGUUAUGAUUCAUUAUUAUGACCUAAGGGCUGCACAAAACGCAAUGCAAGCACUUCAAAAUAAGCCAUUGAGGUCAAGGAAACUCGAUAUACAUUAUUCAAUUCCGAAGGUCAACGCUCCAGAGAGGGAUAUCGGCCAUGGUACGCUGAUGUUAACUGCUCUUGAUCCAUCUGUUACGAAUGAUGAUCUUAAACAUAUUUUUGGAUUUUAUGGAGAAAUUAAAGAAAUCUAUGAAAAUCCAGAACUGAAGCAUCUCAAAUUUGUUGAGUUUUAUGAUGUGCGAGCUGCAGAAGCUGCGCUUCGGGCAUUGAACAGGAUUGACAUUGCUGGGAAGCAGAUCAAGCUUGAACCUGGCCAUCCUAGGUUCGCGACAUGUCUGAUGCAGCAGACUCACAAGGGACAAGAUGAACGGGAUCUUGGUCAUAGCAUUAUUGACAACAUGUCGUUAAGACAAAAGCCAACACUGUCUUCUGGAGUAAUCGGUUCUGGCUUCUUGGACAAUGGAUAUAGCCAGAGAUUUCAAUCUGCAAUGCGGCAACCUUUGAAUGCAUUUAUUGAUAAUAAUGCAUUCUUUUCUACCGAUUCUAGCGUUCACAACACUGUGAGAGGGGCGUCCAUUGGAAAAGUUUCUGAGUCCCGAAACCUUGUCGAUGCAAUGAAAUUUGCAUCUAGUCCAACAUUUCAUCCUCAUUCUUUACCAGAGUAUCAUGGUAGUUUCGCUAAUGGUAGUUCGUAUAACUUUUCUAGCACCAUUAGCAACAAAGCUGGUAAUAUAGGUGCUGGAGGAGUGACAGAAGCCUCUAAUGGCAGGCAUAUUCAAGGAAUAAGCUCAAUUGGGAACUUAGCUGAAUUCAAUGGUGGAGGUUUAUCAGGAAAUGGGAUGCGCCCACAUCAUGGACUUAAUCAAAUGUGGAGCAACCCAAAUUUCCAUCAGCAACCUUCAUCAAGCCCCGUGCUCUGGCAGAAAACGCCGUCAUUUGUUAAUGGUGGCGCUCCUGGCCUGUCUCAGAUGUCAAGCUUUGCUAGAACACCGCCGCAUCAUAUGCUGAGAACACCACAGAUGGACCAUCAUGUUGGAUCAGCGCCGGUUGUUACAGCCUCGCCCUGGGAAAGGAAAAAUUCUUACUUGGGAGAGUCUCCUGAGGCUUCUGGUUUUCAUGGCUCUUGGCAAAUGCGCCCGACGGACUUUUCUCCUCAUAAUAAGAUGUUUUCUCAUGUUGGUGGGACUGGUGUUGAACUCUCGUCCAGUGCUGGGCAGAGCUCGCCUAAUCAGUUGUCACAUAUUCUCUAUGGGAGACAACAUCCGACGACUUCAAUGUCAAAAUUUGAUUCUACCAAUGAACGAAUGAGAAACCUUUAUACUCGUAAAAGUGCUGUUAGUGAAGCAAACACCAACAAUGUUAUUGCUGAUAAAAAACAAUAUGAACUUGACCUUGGCCGCAUAUUGCGUGGGGAAGACUGCCGAACUACUCUUAUGAUAAAAAACAUUCCCAACAAGUAUACUUCAAAGAUGCUGCUUGUUGCCAUAGAUGAGCAAUGUCGCGGAACUUAUGAUUUUCUGUAUUUACCAAUAGACUUCAAGAACAAAUGUAAUGUUGGAUAUGCAUUCAUAAAUAUGACUGAUCCUGGCCAAAUUAUUCCUUUCCACCAGGCUUUCCAUGGUAAAAAAUGGGAGAAGUUUAACAGUGAAAAAGUAGCCUCACUUGCAUAUGCUCGAAUUCAAGGAAGAUCUUCUCUUGUUGCUCAUUUCCAGAAUUCCAGCCUGAUGAAUGAAGAUAAACGUUGCCGCCCUAUUCUCUUCCACACAGAAGGCCCAAAUGCCGGUGAUAUGGAGCCUUUCCCUGUUGGUGCCAAUGUUAGAGUGAGACCUGGAAAAUCUCGCAACGCUGGCAGCGUAGAGGAGAAUCGGAGCCAAGUGAGUACUUCUUCAACUAUAGCAAGCGGAGAAGAGUCUGCAAAUGGAAUAGAAGAAGACUCUUCAAGAAACUCUGACUGAAAUUGCAUAACUGUUCUUCAAUAUCAACAACCCCCAUGUAUAUUGACAUGAGGAAAAGGGGCUCACAAUUUUUUUCACCUUUUAGAGAAGAGCCUCACUCAGUUUUCAGAGGAUGAGGUACAUAACCACAAUGAAUGAAGUUUAAUGUCUAGUAGUAUUUUUGGUAUAUGUUCCUAAAUUUUUGGAUGGAGUCUUUGCUAUUUAUCUCACAAGUUUAGAGAAUGGAGGCUCAAAAUUUUGGAUAGCUGUGAGAACAAUUUGCAUACACGAGUUUCCCUUGAGUUUCACAUCAUUGAUGAUUUCAAGGGUACUUGACUGAUUUUGUUUGUCCAUUAUUGUCUUGUUGUUCAUAUGUACUUUUUGUUUUCUCAAUUCCGGAGUUUUUGUACCCUUGUGGGGUCAGUUUUUGUCCGUAGAUCAUUGUUGAGGGAACAUAUUUUAAAUUGCAAUAUUUUAGUUACCAUAUGUUAGUACUUUCCUAUUUUUGUA